UUCAAAGCUUCUCUCAUGCGCACAGCACCCUGCUGUGCUCUUCUAACCGCCCUGGUGUGUGGCUGCACGUAAUCAGCGGCCAGGCAAUGUGCCUCAACCUCUCACCCCACCAGAAAUGUCUCCCCCUUACUCUCACAGAUAUUGUGGAGCACACAGCAAGCAGCAAUAACAAUGGGGAUAUUCUUUUCGCUGAGGUCUGAGCGAGUCAGUAAGCUGCGCCAGCGCACUUUUAAAUGUCCAAAUGCACAUUCCACCACCAUUCGGCACUUGCUCAGCCUGUAGUUGAACAGGUCCUGACUACUGUACAGGCUGCCUGUAUACGGCUUCAUGAGCCAUGGCAUUAAGGGGUAGGCUGGGUCCCCAAGGAUAACUAUAGGCAUUUCAACAUCCCCAACGGUUAUUUUCUGGUCCGGGAAGAAAGUCCCUUCCUCCAGCUUUCUAAACAGACCAGAGUGCCUGAAGACGCGAGCAUCAUGUACCUUUCCCAGCCAUCCCACGUUGAUGUUGGUGAAACACCCUUGUGAUCCACCAGGGCUUGCAGCAGCAUUGAAAAGUACCCCUUGAGGUUUAUCUACUCGGUGGCUUGGUGCUCCAGUGCCAAGAUAGGGAUAUGGGUUCCGUCUAUCGUCCCACCACAGUUUGGCAAUCCCAUUGCAGCAAAGCCAUCCACUAUGGCCUGCACGUUUCCCAGAGUCACUACCCUUGAUAUCACCAAGUCUUUCAUUGCCCUGGCAACUUGGAUCACAGCAGCCCCCACAGUAUAUUUGCCCACUCCAAAUUGAUUCCCGACUGACCGGUAGCUGUCUGGCGUUGCAAGCUUCCACGGGGCUAUCGUCACUCGCUUCUCAACUGUGAGGGCUGCUCUCAUCCUGGUAUUCUGGCGCUUCAGGGCAGGGGAAAGCAAGUCACAAAGUUCCAUGAAAGUGCCCUUAUGCAUGUGAAAGUUUCGCAGCCACUGGGAAUCGUCCCACACCUGCAGCAGGAUGCGGUCCCACCAGUCUGUGCUUGUUUCCCGUGCCCAGAAUCGGCGUUCCACAGCAUGAACCUGCCCCAGUAACACCAUGAUUUGCACAUUGCUGGGCCCUGUGCCUUGUGAGAGGUCUAUGUCCAUGUCAAUUUCCUCAUCACUCUCAUCGCCGCACUGCAAUCGCCUCCUCGGCUGGUCCUGGUUUUGCUUUGGCAUGUCCUGGCUCUGCAUAUACUCCAGGACAAUGCGUGUGGUGUUCAUAGUGCUCAUAAUUGCCGCGGUGCUCUGAGCGGGCUCCAUGAUCCCAGUGCUAUGGCGUCUGGUCUGAAUAAAGGCACGAAACUAGUAUCUGACGGACGGAGGGAGGGAGGAAGGGGCGAGUGAUGACAUGGCGUACAGGUACAGGGAAUUAAAAUCUUAAAGGUGGCUGUGCAUCAGGGAAAAACACAAACAACUGUCACACAGAAUGCCCCCCCCCCCGAAAGAUUGAACUCAAAACCCUGGGUUUAGCAGGCUGUUGAUUUCACGGAGGGAGGGGGAAGCAAAUGAAUACAGCACAAAUCUAUUUUUUACAUCUUAAGCUGGCAGACGAUGGUGCAGCAUGACUGAUAGCCCUCAGCGUCUUCUGGAUGCUUGGCAGAAAAUAGCAUAAUACGACUGAUAGCCAUCAUCAUCGAGACUGUUGGAUAGGACUGAGCAUGUCUGCCCAGGUGCCCAUGAUUGACAGCCACUGCAGUACGAUGAUGACGGAUAUCAGUCGUAAUAUACCAUCUUCUACCAAAAGGCAAGGGGCUGCUGUUGUGUGCAAUGCAGCCCCACGUCUGCCAGCACCCAGAUCGCCAAUGAAGUCUACCAGUCAUACUGCACCAUCUACUGCCAAAAGGCAAUUAGCUGCUGCUGUGUAGCAAUGCAGUACCACGUCUGCCGGCACCCAGAGGACAUAUGGUGACGCUGAGCUGAGCAGGCUCCAUGCUUGGCAUGGUAUGUUGUCUGCACAGGUAACCCAGCUAAAAAGGCGCGAAUCGAUUGUCUGUCAUUGCUCUGAUGGAGCGGGAGGUGCCUGACGACAUGUACCCAGAACCCCCCGUGACACAGUUUUGCAUUAUUCAGGCAUUCGGAUCUCAACCCAGAAUUUCAAUGGGCGGCGGAGACUGCGGGAACUGUGGGAUAGCUACCCACAGUUCAAUGCUCCGGAAGUCAACGUUAGCCUCGGUACUGUGGACGCGGUCCGCCGACUUAAUGCACUUAGAGCAUUUUAUGUGGGGACACACACAAUUGGCUGUAUACAAUCGAUUUCUAUAAAACCAGCUUCUAUAAAUUCGACCUAAUUUCGUAGUGUAGACAUACCCUUAGUCUCAGAGGCAUUGAAGCUCCAUGGCCUACCCUGAGGGAAGAGUAGGGCCCUUGGGGAUUUGGCACACUGAAGGGGUUCCUCUAAGAGAUUGUUUAAAAGCUGAGGUAUAGGACAGACCUGGAGGAUCCAUGACAGUUGGUGGCAGCUGGUGGGAUUCUGAAUGCAACAGGAGGAUUUUGCAAUAAGUGACUUGUAGUAACAAAAACAAGACUAGUCAAAGGAAAGAGGAAGAAAAUGGAGUAUAUCCACCUCCUUAAGAAGAGCAUCACAGAGCUGUGCGGUGGGAGAGCGUUAAGUAUUGAGAAGUUACACAAGGCUCAGCCGAUUGCAUGGCUGGAUAAGGAUGAUCGAAUCAAGGUCUAAACCCAGGUGGGAUUUCGAGAGAGUCCCAGGGCCACAGAGACACCUGCAGCAGCAGCAGGGGGACAUCCUGACGAUCCGUUCCCCCUUUGCUAUAGUUGAAGCAGUGGGAGUUGGAGCGGAAAGCAAAGGAGCUUCAGAUGGAGGAACAGAGAUUAGCAGACUGUAAAAGGGAGAGAUUCUAUCGAGAGGAAAAAGGGGAAACACGAGGAGAAGCAGAGGAAAAACCAGGAAGAGCAGCGAUAGCGUGAAGUGGGUAUGGAGAAGCAAAAAGUCCCCUAUAGGGGAAAGUGGGGUGAGAUCACAGGAAACUAGGUCCAUAGGAGCCUAGAUGCCAAAUGUCUGGCCCAGUUUAAGGAGAGGGGGAUCUAGAUGCCUAUCUCACUGCCUUUGAGAAGGCUUGUGACUGGAACCAGGUUGAUCCUGUGGACUGACUCCACUGUCUUACCUCUUACUCAAUGCCAAAGUGAUAGAGGUAUAUACCCAAAUGGAUGGAUUUGAUACUUGAGACUAUGAACAGUUCAAAGGGGCUCUACUGCUUAAGAUUGAAUUGAUACCUGUGGCUUAUAAAAAGGGUUUGGAGAUAUGCAAAGACCCAGGGUGUAAUUCACAGUAAAUCCUUAUAUAACAUGGUAGUUACGUUCCUAGAAAACCGGGUGUUAUAUAAAAACACGUUAUAUAAACUGAAGAAUAAAUGGGGAAAAAUGGGUUUAGGUUCCCAGACAUGACAAAGUUGUACAUGUUGGAGGGUGCUCAGGGCAGGGAGUUGGGGUGCAGGAGGAGGCUCGGGGUGCCGGAUCCGGGGGGGUGCUCACCUCAGGUGGCUCCCUGUGCCUCCUGUUCCUGGCAGAGACCCAGCUAGGUGGCUCCGUGCGCUCGCCCCAUCCCUCCCUGAGUGCUGACUGCAGGGGCAGCGCCUGCAGGCAGAGGCAGUGUGCAGAGCCCCCUGGUCGCGCCUCCACCUCCACCAGGAACAACAGGCAUGGGGAGCCACUUGUGGGGAGCCACCCAAGGCGAGCGCCCCCUCCAUAUCCGGCACCCCGAGCACCCUCCCAUGCCCUAACUCCCUCCCAUGAGCAUGCGCUAUAUAAAAAUAGUGCACGCAACAUAAAAAUGGGUUACUAAAGGAAAACCACGUUAUGUCAAAAACACGCUCUAUGAACAUGCGUUAUAUAAGAGUUUACUGUAUAUGGAGACUACUGCCCCGGUGGCAAAAUAUCUCUGCAAAGGGGGUAAAGGUGCAGGUGCCACUAUGCUGGAAAGUUUAUAUGACCUGGUGAGGUUAGAGCAACUCUGUGAGAUGUGUCUCCAUGAGUUUUGAAUGUGGUUAGUGGACAAGAAGCCUGAGGAUCCGUGUAGCACAUUCCAGUUGGCAGAUGAGUUUGUGGAUAGUAGGACCCAUAGUGAAAAAAACAAAGGGUGACUGGACCAAGUUGGGGAGCCAAAAGGGGGGGGUCACACAGGGGCACCCCAGAAGUGGGAUUCAAGUAAAUCGAAACCAGGAGUGACAGGAAAUGGGGGUAGACCAGCUCCAAGGGAUCCCGAAAACCUGACAUGUGGCAUCUGCAGGAAAAUCAAGCAUACAGGGGUGCGCUGCUCAAGGCUGGAGAAGAUGGGGUGUGUCGAGGACCGAGGGGCUCAGCCAUCCUUUGUCCAGCCAAGAAGGCUGCCUGUAGCUCAGCCUCAUCUAGUGAGCUAUGUGACUGAACUUCCAGAGGAAAGCAAUCUCACAGCCAUCUCCUCUGGGCUAAAGGGUGAGCUGGAGGAUGAGCUCCCAUCCCAGGCGCUAUGCACAUGUCCGGUGUGCACAGAUUCGUUACUGGGGGGACAUUACUUGGGUGGAGAGAUGCUGGGAAUGAGAGACCCGUUGUCAAACCGCAUGUGGUAAAAACCCCACUGAAUGCUGAAAGGAUGCACAGCCUGGCACAAGGGGCCAAAGGUGAAGCCAUUUGCCCUACCUGUGGCUCAUGUCCCUGUGCAGACAUAGGAAGUAGCCAGGGGCUAGCUAGGAGCGGGUUCUCCAGGAUCUCACUGUGACGCUGUCGGGGUUCCCGAGGUGCCUGGGGUGAAUCACUACCAGCUGCAUGCAGCGUGAGAGAGCCUUGGCUGUGCCCAUCGGGGGAAGUUCUCCCAAACCUGCCGGCUGCUGGCAGCACAAGCACACCGCUCUGCUCUAUGAGCCCCAUGUGUUCCCUCUGCAAGCCAACAGUUAAUGCACCCACCUUGUUACACUGAAGUGCCCACUCCCUUCUGGGCACCCACUCUCUACAGCGAUCCGCUGCCUCGAUGGAAAGCAGUGCACCCCAGGGUCGCCAGCCUCCCCUCCGCUUAACACACUAUUUAGUGUCAGGCACUUGGUCUUGGCUAUAAUAAACCAAGUAGAAGUGUAUUUAAUUCGGCUUAAGGCAAAGAUCCAAACUAAAGGCAAAUAAGGGGAUUGGAAACGCAAGGUUCCAGAUAAAAGAAAAAAUAUAAAACUUAAUCUAGAGCCUACACUUAUUACCCAGUUCCGUUCCAAUAAUGUAUUCCUCCCCUACUGGUCAGGCCUUACUGCACUUGUCCAGUCCAGAGAUCUGGGAUCCGCUUUUCAUGAGACACUCACAUUGGCAAUGCGGCCUCUGUAAUGGAUAACACCUUGUGGCUGUUCUUCUCUUAGGCCUGGUCUUCACUAGGAGGUUAUGUCGAAUUUAGCAGCGUUAAAUCGAAUGAAUCCUGCACCCGUCCACACAACGAAGCGAUUUAGUUCGACAUAGAGGUCUCUUAAAUUCGAUUUCUGUAUUCCUCCCCGACGAGGAAUGUCGAAUUAGGGUAGGUGUGGAUGGAAUUCAACGCUAAUAGCUCCGGGAGCUAUCCCACAGUGCACCACUCUGUUGACGCUCUGGAUAGCAGUCCGAGCUCGGAUGCUCUGACCAGCCACACAGGAAAAGCCCUGGGAAAAUUUGAAUUCCUUUUCCUGUCUGGCCAGUUUGAAUUUCAUUUCCUGUUUGGACAUCGUGGCAAGCUCAGCAGCACUGGCAACGAUGCAGAGCUCUCCAGCAGAGGUGACCAUGCAAUCUCAGAAUAGAAAGAGGGCCCCAGCAUGGACUGAUCGGGAAGUCUUGGAUCUGAUCGCUGUGUGGGGCGAUGAGUCCGUGCUUUCGGAGCUGCGCUCCAAGAAACAGAAUGCGAAGAUCUACGAGAAGAUCUCAAAAGCCAUGACAGAGAGAGGAUACAGCCGGGAUGCAACGCAGUGCCACGUGAAAAUCAAGGAGCUGAGACAACGGUACCAGAAGACCAAAGAGUCAAACGGACGCUCCGGAUCCCAGCCCCAGACAUGCCGUUUCUACGAGGCACUGCAUUCCAUUCUAGGUGCGGCCGCCACCACUACCCCACCACUGACCGUGGACUCUGAGGAUGGGAUAUUGUCCACGGCCAGUUCCUCGGACAUGUUAGCGGACGGGGAAGAUGAGGAAGGAGAUCAGGAGGAUGAGGCAGUCGACAGCGCUUACAACGCUGAUUUCCCUGACAGCCAGGAUCUCUUCAUCACCCUCACAGAGAUCCCCUACCAACCCUCCCCACGCGUUAACCCGGACCCUGAAUCAGGGGAAGGAUCAGUCGCUGCGACUGUCUCCCGACCUACCCCGGCAUCCCCCUCCCAGAGGCUGGCGCAGAUUAGGUGGAGAAAGAAAAGGACACAGGAUGACAUGUUCUCAGAACUUAUGGGCUGCUCCCGACCCGAGGCGGCCCAGUAGACCUAGUGGAGGGAGAACAUGUCACAAUAGCAGCGAGCUCACGGCGAACGGGAGGAGAGGUGGCGGCAGGAAGACCAGCAGGCGACUCAAACGCUGCUUGGACUAAUGAGGGAGCAAAGGGACACGCUCCGGCGCCUUGUGGAUGUUCUGCAGGACAGGAGGCAGGAAGACAGAGCCCUGCUGCAGUCUAUCUCUAACCGCCCUCCCCCACCACAAAGUCCCAUACCCCCCUCACCCAAAGUCCCAAGAAGGAGGGGCGGCAGGGGCCGUGAAAACUGUCACUCCACCCCUGCAGACUGCUCAAGUACCAGACGGCUCUCAUUCCCAAAGUUUUGAUAAGUCCUUUCCUUCACUCCAAAAGCACCUCACCCAAGCCCCUGUCCCAGUGUCAUCCCCUAACUGUGUAGUUGCUAAUAAAGAAUACGUUUCUGUUCA